AUUGUGUUUUGUCCAUAUUGAGAAAAACUUGAAGUCAACACCCUUAAAGCGUGAAGGCAAGAAUAAAGCAAGGCUAAAAAGAAAUAUUGCUAGCAAAAUCAUCUCUGUGAAGUUUUGCAUUAUUAAUGUUUUCAAUUCUUUUGUAAUUGCUUACAAGCUGCCUUUUUGAUCAUUUGCUGGAGGUUACUUUGCUUUAAGGAAUACAAAUGGAGUUUGCUAACACAAACUUAAUUAAGGGGAAGGUCAAAGCAGAGGAAACUCUUCAAAUCAUUUUACGUUUGGGUUGUGCUCUAGCUAGUGAGAAAAUCUUGGCAUCUUCCCAUCCCAUAUAAAACUAGACUUCCAGGAAAUUUGCAUGUCUGAUCCUGUGGCCAUUGUUGAUAAUAUUGGAAAAACACUUUCUUUGUCAGAUAGGACAAAGUCUCUGGACACUGUGUUAAUUAAUGACAAUAACCACUCUAGUAAAUGGACAAAUGAUGAACUCUGUCGUACUGCUGACAGCGCCAGCUUUAGAGUUAAGGAUAUCUUCUUACCAAACGGUGAAUCGUAUUCUGGAUCUCUGCUGGGAAACAUACCUGAGGGUUCAGGAAAGUAUGUCUGGUCUGAUGGUACUCGGUAUGAUGGUGAGUGGAGACAUGGAAUGAGGCAUGGACAUGGGAAACUAGAAUGGCCUAGUGGUGCUGUAUAUGAUGGUGAAUUUUCAGGUGGCUAUAUGCAUGGUGAGGGGAUGCAUAUUGCACCAGAUAUAGUGACAUAUAUGGGACGCUGGCGGUUGAACCUCAAACAUGGUUUAGGGUAUCAAGUGUAUCCCAAUGGAGAUUAUUUUGAAGGGUCCUGGAUCCAAGGAAAGCCUGAAGGACCUGGUAAGUAUAAAUGGGCAAAUGGGAACAUGUACUUGGGUAAUAUGAAGGGAGGGAACUUUUCUGGAAAAGGAACUCUCACUUGGAUCAAUGGAAAUUCAUAUGAAGGAAGCUGGUUAAAUAGUACAAUGCAUGGCUUUGGUGCAUAUACUUGGAGUGAUGGUGGCUGUUAUAUUGGAACAUGGACACAUGGAGUAAAAGAUGGAAAAGGAACAUUUUAUCCUAGCGGUAGCAGACUUACAGCUGGUCAGGAAUUGUACCUCAAUGCUGUGAGAAAACAACGAUUACUGCCAGAUUUGAGAAAACAAAAACGAGUUUCGCAUAUUUCUCAUGCCUCUUCAGUUGAUAUGGGAAAUUUCAAAGUAAGUGGAAACAAAGGCUCGAAGGGGAACAUAUUAAAGCUUGAGCAGUCACACCCCACUAAGGUUACUCUUGAAAGACGAUGGAGUCUUGAAGCAGCUAUUGAGAAGGUAAUUGGAAAUGAUAUAGAUGGUGCUGACACUGGGAACGAUAUCCAUACUCAUAUUUUGGAAAGAGAAUAUAUGCAAGGUGUACUAAUCAGUGAGGUUGUCCUAAAUGAUCGAUUCUCACCACAAUCUAGAAGAGCAGCAAAAAGGAGGCAAAGAAAAGUUGCAAGGGAGUCAAAGAGGCCAGGUGAAGCAAUAAUCAAGGGUCAUAGGCGUUAUGAUCUAAUGCUUAGUUUGCAGCUUGGGAUCAGAUACGUGGUGGGAAAAUUUACACCUGUACAAGGACGAGAAGUAGGAGCUUCUGAUUUUGGUGCCCGUGCGAGCUUUAUGAUGUAUUUUCCGAAAGAAGGAUCACAAUUGACACCUCCUCAUCAAUCAGAAGAUUUCAAGUGGAAAGAUUAUUGCCCAGUGAUUUUCAGGAAUCUGAGGGAAAUGUUUAAGAUUGAUACUACUGACUACCUGAUGUCCAUCUGUGGAGACGAUGCACUUAGAGAACUUUCUUCUCCUGGGAAAAGUGGCAGUGUAUUUUUCCUUUCUCAAGAUGCUCGUUUCAUGAUUAAGACAUUACGAAGAUCAGAAGUUAAGGUUCUGCUGCGGAUGCUUCCAAAUUAUCACCGUCAUGUCAAGGAACACGAGAAUACUCUCAUCACUAAAUUUUUCGGUCUUCACAUGAUAAAUCCUGCGGGUGGACAAAAGUUCCGCUUUGUAGUAAUGGGAAAUAUGUUCUGCACAGAGUUAAGAAUCCACCGAAGAUUUGAUCUAAAAGGUUCUUCACUUGGACGAUCUGCGGACAAGGUCGAGAUUGACGAGAACACGAUUCUGAAGGAUCUGGAUUUGGACUACUGCUUUUAUCUAGAGCCUUCUUGGCAGGAGGCUUUACUAAAGCAGAUUGAGAUUGACAGUAAAUUCUUGGAGCAGCAGCAUAUAAUGGAUUACAGCCUCUUGUUAGGUGUUCAUUAUAGAGCACCCCAGCACCUACGAUCUCCCAUCUCGUGCAGUCGACGUACAACAGAAGAAGGAUUAGGAAUUGUUGCAGAAGAUGAGUCACUGGAGGAUGAAAUAUCACCCCAAGGCCUUGUUUUAGUCCCUCGUGGUGCAGAUGAUAAUGGCGUAAGUGUCGGUCAUCAUGUCAGAGGCAGCCGAUUGCGUGCAUCAUCUGCUACCGGUGACGAUGAAGUGGAUCUCCUCCUUCCUGGGACAGCAAGGCUCCAGAUUCAGCUUGGAGUGAAUAUGCCAGCAAGAGCGGAGUAUAUACCCAGGAAAGAUGAAGCACAGAUGUUCGUUGAAGUAUACGAUGUGGUAUUAUAUCUCGGCAUCAUUGACAUAUUGCAAGAAUACAACCUAAGAAAGAAAAUAGAACAUGCAUACAAAUCAGUUAAGUUUGAUUCUAUGUCCAUUUCUGCUGUGGAGCCAACAUUUUAUUCACAGCGGUUCUUAGAGUUCAUUCGAAAGGUGUUUCCUGCACAUUCAAUAGUGAAUUAGAAGAGUUUGUAUAUUGUCGUUUACACCUCUUAACUUUCCUCUAAACAAGGGAUUAAUCCCAUGACUUGUUUGUAGUUAGCAAAUAUUUAUCUACUGUUUGCAUUUAUUGAGAAUUUAUGUAUAUAGUGAAAAGAAGGGAUCUCUCU